CGGAAGGGGGCGUGCGGCCUCUUAACAGUGGGGACUGGGUGGGGCGGCCCAGUCCUCGCGAGAUUUCGGCCCUGACAAGAGGGUGCAGCGGCUCGGCGGCGGGUCUGGGAUGCGUUCGGAGGAGGGAGAGGGGGGCCCAGGGGUGGCCGUUACUACGCGGUGUCCGAGCGGGAAGGAGAAGCCGUCGCUCACAGAAAGCCACUUCCGCCGGGAGUCUCAGCGGCGGGAGCCUGAAGCGCCAGUAGCCUCGUCCUCCGGCUGUGGGGGCGGUGCAGUCAAACCUCGCGAGGGAAAGAGGACAGUCCUCAGCAAGGUGGUCAUCCGGCGGCUUCCUCCCAGCCUCACCAAGGAGCAGCUGGGACAGCAGCUUCACCCCCUGCCCGCACAUGAUUACUUCGUGCUCGUUACCGCUGAUCUCAGUCUUUAUCCUCAUCUCUAUUCAAGAGCAUACAUUAAUUUUAGAAAUCCUGAUGACAUCCUGCUUUUUAGAGAUCGUUUUGAUGGAUAUAUCUUCACUGACAGUAAAGGCCUAGAAUAUCCUGCAGUGGUAGAAUUUGCUCCAUUCCAGAAGACAGCCAAAAAGAAGCUAAAGAAAAAAGACACCCAAACCGGAAGCAUUGAAGAUGAUCCAGAAUAUAAGAAGUUUUUAGAAACUUACUGUGUGGAGGAGGAGAAAACUAGUGCCAAUCCUGAAACUCUUCUGGGCGACAUAGAGGCAAAGACAAGAGAACUUAUUGCUAGAAGAACCACACCUCUUUUGGAAUAUAUUAAAAAUAGAAAAUUAGAAAAGCAGAGAAUUCGAGAAGAAAAGCGAGGAGAACGGAGGAGGAGAGAGUUGGAAAGGAAACGCUUACAGGAAGAAGAGAUAAGAAGGAGAAGGGAAGAGGAGAAAUGUAAGAGGAGGACAGCAGAAAAACAGAAGAAAACUGCUGACAAAGAAGUAAGGAUGAAGCUUCUCAAGAAAUCAGAAAAGGGAGAGGAGUCAAGCACUGAGAAGCCAAAAGAAAGAGGAGAGGAAACUGACACCAGAGAUGGGAAACAGGAACCCGGUCCCAGCUGUGUAGUCGUGAAGCCCAAGCCCUUGGAGAGCUCGCUGGAGGAGCUCAGGGAAAAGCCACAAAAUGACACUGGUAAAGAGCAAAAGGACAUGGAGAGAAGAUUCCGAGAAAAAGAACUUGAAGCACAAAUAUACCACUUGGACGACAGCAGAAAACAUAGCGCUCACUAUGAGUUGGAUAAGUUUUCAGGAAGAAGCGAGGAAGAGCUGAAAAGAGGGAAGGGAUUCACCCCAGACCGAGGGAAGAAGGGGAGCCAGGAUGGGGGCGGCCCUGUGGGGGCAGCAGAGACACCAGGAGGGGAGAAGAGUGAAGAUGGACUGGCACCCGGGAAGGAGGACACGGGAAGCAAGGGCCGACCAGGCUUGCAGCUGUACCAGCCCAGAGGUGGCAUCCGAGCCGAGAAUGUGAUGGAAGCCCCCGAGGAGGGCUGCCGGGAGGCGAGGUGA